CACAUUCGAGUUUUGUACACGGUACUUGACGGAUGUGUUUUCGGAAACCAAGUUAUAAAAACGAAGACCGCGCAUUUUACGUAAAAUUAAAGUUACGAGUAUCACAUAUGCCUACAUCUCAACUAAAAUAAAAUCAUCAUCAAAUCAAAAAACGACAAUUUUUAUUGAAGUGAACCUAAAGAUAAUUAACUCACAUCUAAUUAACAAUGCUUAAGUGGGCAGUUAACACACCGCGAGUCUCCUAUCUAACAGUGGAGGACUCUAAAGCAGAUACCGAAAUUUUGCAGCUCAAAACUUUAAGCGCCUCAUCGCCAGGAAAACUGAACACUCCAAAUGAAAUCAUUUCCACACAAACUCAGACCCUUUCCGCUAAGCGUCAGCGGUUGAAGCGGAAACCUUCUGAUAUUUACCUCUCCCGUCGUUUACAAAACUGGUUGGACAAAGAAAAUCAAGUGACAUCGACUCCUCUUCAGUCGAACUUAAAGACACAUAACAGAAACGGUGCAUUACGUCGACUAAACAGCUUCAAAGACUUAUCCAACAUAACGCCGUAUGAUAACGCCGUCUCCAAUAACCCACUAAACUCAAUCUUAUCACUGCUCAACACACCAAGUCAGAGUUUAGAUAGUAAUAUACUAAAAAACAACAAUCCUGUCAAUUAUGCUACUACACUGCCUACCCUCGAAGUAGAAUACUCUCCAUGUGGCCCAGUUCCCGGACCGAUUCUGGCGUUACGCGGCCUGGGUAUUGCUGAUACAUACUUUGACAAACCCCGAUAUCUGCCACAUAACAAAAAUGAUGAAACUCUAAUACAAAUCCAACCAUCCUUUAACGCAACUAAUUCCACUUUUCAAUGUCAAAGAAAUAUGCGGCGUUCUUUGAAUAGUGUACGAGAUGAUACUGCAUCGUUGAGCUCCUCCAAAAUGGGUGAUCAAACGCUAGAACGCAUGAUAGAUGCGAUUCUGGAGAGCACCAGAAAGGAAAAGAAACCUAUGAAGUUUGCGAGACAAUCAAGUAACCAGCAGCAGUGUGUAAUGUCGCCCACAUAUACACCAGCAGAAGAUCCAGCCAACGAUUUAAGUGAAUUUUGGAUGGAGUCACAAAAUGGUGAAACGCUAUUACAGACAAUACGUAAAAAGAGACGUUCUCUACCAGCUAGUGUUGCGUCAGCUUCAAUAUACAGCGAGCGAGAAGUGCGAUCUCCAAGACGAACAAGUAAACGUAACAUUUUUCACUUGCGCCGACAACGAGCGGUGCGUAGAAAGAGGAAAACGUCUAAAGAAAACGUAAAACACAAUGCACUUAAAAUAGCAGGGUCAACACUGACAAACAAACAAGUGACAGGUUCGGGCGAGCUCAAUUGCAAACAAAGGAUUGACAAUUCAAGCCCUGAUAGUGGACACAAUUCCUUUAGCGAACUGGAUGAGAACUCCGUCACGAUAGAGAGUAAUUGCUUACCGAUCGUUGGCUCGCUGGCGAACUCUGAACUCCGUGCCUUGGAUUCUACAAAACGGCGUCUCAGCUUUUCAAAUCAAACUUCAAUCGUGUAGUAUACACUUUAUAUGUUUUAGAAAUGUUCGUUAAUAUAAUUUGUUGCAUAACCUGUUUAUUACUUCAUAUCAUAUAUUUUACAAUCUACAGCCAAAUA